GGAGUGUGUGAAGGCAGACUGGUGGAACAAGAUGGCUGGCCCGAACUAGAGAGCUAUUAUGUAUACUCUACGGUGCUCUACUGGAGUAUACCGAGCACAGUAACCACCGUUGUCAGUGUUUAGUGGUAGCCAGGCUGUGGUCUCGCGCCUCCACACCUCACUCUCAAUACUGUCUUGCUCAAUACACAGGAAAUGUGCGCAGUUAAAGUGCUACAAAUAAUAUAAUAAUUCAUUAUUAUGAACACAGUCCACCGGGACUGUAAGUAGUCCCCGUAGCGAAGUGGUAGUGUAAAAUGUCACUAUCUUGUUGAUAGAUAGCCUGCAGCAGAACACACUUUAUGGAUUAGUAGUGCAGUCACAUAGUCUGACAUAACUUUAGAGACAGUGAAAAAGUGAACAAGCAAUACUGUAGUAGUUGGCAAGACCACCCCAUCCAACAAUUUUACUGGAGACGGACCUGAAUAAGCAAUAAUAGUUGACGAGACCACCUGCCUCCCCCCCCCAAAAGACACACGCCGUCUAAAUUCACAGUAACUAUAUGUACAAAUGUAUAAUUAAGUGUAAAGUUCCACUUUUGUCAGUUGUCAGUAUCCAAAUGAAAACAAAUUGAAAAAAUUAUUCCUUCUUAUUCUUGCACGUGUGUGUGCAAGUGCUUUGAAAAGGCUGAAAAUUAGCAAACUUCUUUCCUGACAAGUGCACAUGUCAAGUAGACAAUAACUGAUCAUAAGAUAAGAGCACUAGUUGGUAUAUAGUGUUCUCAUAAGCAGCAUAUUCCAUUUAAUUGGAUUAUUUAGUUUUCCCAAGUUAAUCUUCUAAAAUGGUUGCUCCACAUGACACAGGUGACUUGGUAAGAUCCUUAGUACGUGUCCCAGGCAGUGGGUAUAACAGAACUGCUGGUUCGGUUUGUUUCGACUUGGGCAGAACAUCCACUUUGGCUGCUACAGUUCCUGUGUCCCCAGUAUUACCCCCUGCAUUGACAGGACCCAGGACAGCACAGUCAGCUGGACCCAGUAUUUCCCAGAAACACCAGCUGAAUGCAAGCAGUAAGCUAGGAAGCAACAUUGGAGUAAAUUCUGGAAUAUUGAAAACUGGAGCAGCAAUUCCAUCUUCCACAGUAGCAACCUCCAGGAAGCGUCCUUGUCCCCAAGAACCCAGUGUAGAAAAUACCAGUCCCGUAAAUGCUGAAAGCAGUGCCACAGGGAAUAGGCAACCCAUAACAAUGGAGGGAUUACUUGCAAGCAAACGGGCUCGUAUUGUGUGCUUGACCCCCCAACAGGUUGCUGAACAUAGCAGGAACAUAGUCCAAGUGUCAACACCCUCAGGUCCCAUGUUGUUUCUGCCACUUCCUCAGCAGUUACUUGCCAAUACACCAGUUGGGUUGACCCCAGCAACAAUUGCACAAUUAUUGCAGGAGAGGAAUAAUCUGAGGCAAGAAAACCAAGUUCUUCAACAGCAACUGUCACUUUUUCAGCAACUCUUUAGAAACAAGGAAAGACUAACUUCUGUUGUUAAGCGACUGGGAGUCAAUGUUGCAUAAAUAAUUCACUAAUAGUAAUGAAGGUGUGUAUGAUGAUGUAAUUGUCUAAUCUCUAUAUUUAAAAAAAGUUGCUUGGUCAAGGGUCAUUGUAUGACCAGUCUUUAUGCUCUCUACUCCAUUCAGCAUCUAACAUGGCCUAGUAACUCUACACCUUCUGUCCUAAGUGGAAAGGCUGAUCAUACAGAUUUUAUGUUUAUAAAUUAUGUUAAAAGUUACCAUAAGUUUUCAAGAAGGAACGGACAGGUUUUGCAGGACGUUCAUUAGUAGAGUUGUGAUAGCUACAUGGCUACAAAUUGUGAAAACUUCAUAAUUUAGGCUAUCACUGGCCUGGCCUAGGUUGCAAGAGUAGAAAACUUAAAACCAGUCACCAGCAUGCUUUAGUCCACAUUCUCAUGGAAGCAUUACUGUACAUGAUGAAAUCUGGUACAAAUACAUACUGUAGUUGAUGAACUUUAUUUUAACUUAGAAUAUUGAGCAUAUUUUACAAUUGCCCAUUCCCAAACUUUAAAAU